AUGGCGCCUCCGGUCUCGGUCGUCUGCGUGGGCAUGGCAGGUUCUGGAAAGACUACCUUCAUGCAGCGAAUCAACUCACACCUUCACUCCAAACAACAAGUGCCGUAUGUGCUCAAUCUCGACCCCGCGGUGCACUCGGUACCCUUUGAGAGCAAUAUCGAUAUCCGGGAUUCGAUCAACUACAAGGAAGUCAUGAAGCAAUAUAACCUCGGACCAAAUGGUGGAAUCCUGACGUCCCUGAACUUGUUCGCCACCAAAGUCGACCAGAUUAUUUCCCUACUGGAGAAGCGUACUACUCCUAAUCCGGAGAAUCCCACCGCAAAGCAAAUUGAGCAUAUUUUAGUCGAUACUCCCGGUCAGAUCGAGGUUUUCGUGUGGAGUGCUUCUGGUAGCAUUCUUUUGGAGACACUCGCUUCGUCCUUCCCGACUGUCAUCGCAUAUGUCAUUGAUACCCCGCGCGCCAGCUCGACCAGCACUUUCAUGAGCAACAUGCUCUAUGCCUGCAGUAUUCUCUACAAAACUAAGCUGCCAAUGAUCUUGGUCUUCAAUAAGACCGAUGUGAAGGAUGCCGAGUUUGCGAAAGAAUGGAUGACGGACUUUGACAAAUUCCAAGCGGCUCUGCGGGAAGAAGAGGAAGCCGGCGCCUUUGGAGGUGAGGGCGGCAUUGGUGGAUUUGGAGCCGGAAGUGGAUACAUGGGUUCACUUCUAAACAGCAUGAGUUUAAUGUUGGAAGAGUUCUACCGACACCUGAGCGUUGUCGGUGUAAGCUCCAUGACUGGUGAUGGAGUCGACGAGUUUUUCGAUGCUGUUGAGAUCAAGCGACAAGAAUUUGAGCGUGACUACAAGCCCGAGCUUGAGCGCAAGAAAAAGGAGCGCGAAGAGGACAAAGAUUCUCGGCGGGAGAUGGAACUGGGUAAGCUGAUGCAGGAUAUGAACGUCAGUGGGUCUAGCCGCCGACCGAAUCAAGAGCCAGAGACUGUCAGCGAGGCAGAAGACGAAGAGGAUGAGAUCAUUAAGCGUGGACUGGCAGAUGGAGAGGAUGACAGCGAGGAGGAAUAUGCAGGGCCUAGUGCCGGCAACGAUGAGGGCCUCUCGAGUCGUUACCAAGAAGCUCUUUCGGGUUCUCAGGCUACUCCAUCGGACCAAGAUAACAGCUUCACAAGAUACUUGCGGGCUAGCCAAAUCAAUCAGUGA